AUGGAAGCAUGCUUUUGGACGGUGAAGGAGGUGGUGGUGCCCGUGGCGGGCCUGAGGGCGUGGGUCACGGGCGCCGAGGGAUGUGUUGUGGGCGCGAGCUGGGCGCGUGAUGUGAGGAGCGGACGGGGCCGCGAGGGGCCUGCGCUCAGGCUGGUCACAGUGUGCGCGAAGGGCAACGGCAAGCGGAAGGAAGAUGAAGAGAAACCAACUGCAAGGCCACCCAGAAUCACUCCACUGACUGCAAGUGCCUAUGGUGGUGUGAGGAAUUACAUCAAGUUGGUUCGGCAACAACGGCAGCAAGAGGUGAUCGGCAUUUCUCCCUGA